AUGGCUAUUCCCAGUUCACCACCAUCGAUUGGUGUUCCUGUAGCUUACUCUUAUUCCAACAAUAAUUUCAUUGUAUUAGGAUUAAUUUUAGAAGAAAUCUGGUAUUUACCAUGGGAAUCGAUUAUUCAACGCCAAUUAUUUGAUCCUUUUGGAAUGAUUACAGCAGAAUUUGGCUCACCAAUUGAAGAAGUAUCAUUGAAUUCGUUCGCUACUCAACCAUUGGGUCAUUUUAUAGAUACAGCUAAUGUGAUACAUAGUAUGGAUCGUGAUUUACCGAAAGUUUGGGCCCCUACGGGUACAGAUCACGCUAGCCUUAAUGAUUGCGCUAAAUUCAUUGCCUGUCAUUUACAAGAAGGACGUGAUCUAACGUCAUUCGGAUUUGCUCCUAUAAAUAGUAGUUUCCUUAAUUCAACGACCUCACCUUUCUUACUCUGGACAUCGACAUGGGAAAGUAUUCAUAUCGCAUAUGUUUUCCCUUCAGCAUCUACUCCCAAUGCUCAGUAUUCACUCUCCGCAAUGGGUAUUGACAAGGACAGUCUUGGCCUAUCUCUGACACACACUGGCACCAACACCGUUUGGUUCGCUUAUGUUGCAGUUCAUCCUCAAUUGGUUCAGCCAAUGGCCCUAUUAAUCACAGCCAAUGUUGGCAAUAGCAAUGCUGUUUUGGAAGCUAAGGCAGUUAUUAUCAAUGUUUAUCUCGCUUGGCGACAACAAGGACAACCAUUUCCAAUGGACACCUCAGCAGCUUCGUCACCUGCACCACUUGGUUUCGAGUCCGCACUCAUUCUAGCCAGCAUUCACUUCUUCUAA